AUCGAUUGCUACAUACUGCUGCAUUGUGCUUUGUGUUUUCCGUCUUGCAUUCUUUUCUGGAAUGCUACAUCUCAUACUCUUCGAUGAAAAACAACAAUAACAAUGUAUAUCACGAGAAUAUGAUGAAGCAGUUUUGCACACAGUAUGGUCCGUUUCCCACCAGCCGGCCAAGUUGACUGUUUAUUUAAUUAUCGCCGCCAAUACAAAUGGCUUUCCGAUUGUUCAUGGCAGAGUCUGAAUCCCUCGUCAAACGGACCGCUAACACAAGUUUAAUAACCGAGCUUCACACCUGUUACUGAAUUUUCCCGCGAAAUCGAUGUCGCGUGCUUGACAUGCGCAGUCCAACGUCGGUCCGUUAAAUAGCAAGAGACGCCUGUGUGCUGUCAGAGUUGUUGCCUGAGCAGAUAGCGAUGGCAGAGAAAAAGUCAACGGGUGAGACGUCGGAGGGAUCGAAAAACUUUCUCAAACAGUUUCGAGACAUCAAGACGCGAGAUUUCAAACGCAUUACCGCAAGUCAGUUUAUGGACGUUUGGAACCACUAUGACAGCGAUGGUAAUGGAUUUAUCGAGGGGAAGGAACUCGACAAUUUCCUGUACGAGCUCGUCACCAGCGUCAACGUACAGGACGUGGGUCCGGAGGUUGUGUCGCAGACGGCUCUAGACCAAGCCAAAAAUCUUAUUCUCGCAGCGUUUGACGAGAACAAAGAUGGAAAAAUCGACAUAGCCGAGCUAGCGCAAAUCUUGCCAAUGGAGGAAAACUUUUUAUUACUGUUUCGAAGAGAUCACCCACUAGAAUCAAGCGUCGAGUUUAUGAAGCUAUGGCGAGACUACGAUACAGAUUGUAGUGGAUUCAUCGAAGCUGAUGAACUAAAGAAUUUUUUAUAUGACUUGCUGAAACAGUCGAAGAAGGAAGGCGAGGUUUCUGAAGAACAGUUAAUUACGUACGCGGAUACAAUGUUGCAGUUGUUCGACAGAAACAAAGAUGGCAAACUGCAGAUCAGCGAAAUGGCGAAACUGUUGCCUGUGCGUGAAAAUUUUCUGUGUCGGCCGAUCUUCAAGAGUGCCAACAAGCUGAACCGAGACGAUAUUGAACGGGUGUUUAACCUUUACGACAGGGACCACAAUGACUAUAUAGAAGACGAGGAACUGCAUGGGUUCUUGAAGGAUCUUAUGGAACUGGUCCAAGAGGAUUUUGACUCCAGUGACUUGGAGGAAUGUAAAAAAGCUCUGCUUGAAGCAUGCGACUUGAAUCAGGACGGGAGGAUAAACCGCAAGGAAAUGUACAUGGUGCUUUCGUCACAGAAUUAUGACGCCAUUGAUCCAUUGGAAUUAGCCAAAGACAAAAUGCCUUGUUUACUGAAGUGAUAAGUCAUAUGUAAACAUUUUUAAAAACAUUUAGUUACAUUGGGUGCUUGCUUUGUUUAGCUUUCGCUAAACUUUCACGAAAUUAUGAAAGUUACAUUUUGGUGGUUUUCUUUUCACCCAUUUUAUUUUCUUGUUGUAGACAAAUAUGACGUAAUUGUUUUCAGUCACCAUUACAAUAUAUUACAGUGGAAUCGAAUCGAAUCAUUAUAUAUUUAGUCCUGUACAUGUGUUUAUUUAGUUACUUAAUUAUCAUUAUUGUUUAUAUUUUUUAUUUUUUAUUAUUGAUUAUAUUUUUAAUGGUUAUUUAUUUCAUUAUAUUUUUAAAAUUAUGUAGUAUUUAUAUUUAAACUAUUUUUUAAAUUGUUUAUGUAGAUGUAUUGAUGUCGGCACGUUUCUGCAAAGCACAAUAAUAAAAUCCAAACUAUACUGAUGGAGAGAAAUAAAGGAUCACACAGAUAACAACAAGAAAUAAUGACUGCAUCAAAAAUCAAUUCAUAUUGUCAGAAGUUGACUGGGAACAUAUAGGCAGCACAUUCAACACUACAGACAUUCAAUCACACAUUACAACUUGGUAUGAAAUACAGACAUUACUACGCUAGUUGUGAAUUAAAUUUGGUCUACAAUUUGAUGUGUUCCCUUAUUUCUUUCCAUCAGUAUAUAUUCCAUUUUAUCACUUUCUUCAUUGUGUAUUUUCUAUUUUUCAUAAAUCAAGAAAUCAUGUUCAUCGAUUUGUUUGUUUUGCAUUAUCUAUAAUCAUAAAUGCAGAUUAUGAAAUAUUUGUUUGUCUUUCAUGUUCAUUGUUAUGUUAAGUGUUGUGGAUUUUCAUAAUAAUUACACAUUAUGUAACAUACAUGAUUUUGAAAAUAAUCACAAUUGACUAAGAUAUCAACUUAGUUUAAUUACAUAUUCAUUUAUGGGGUGGGUUUUAAUUAUUAUUAUAAUAGUUAUAAGUGUGCUUAGUACAUAUAUCUUGCUCGCAAAAUGUUUCGAAAUAUAUUAUGAAAUUAUGUGCGGUUUUUUGUCUAAAAUGCAAGGUACGGGGGGAAAUGUUAUUACAAAUAUUUUCUGGAUUAAUCAUAAUCUAACAAUUACAAUAUGGACCGUUGCCGUAUAGCCUCCUUUUGGGCCCUAAUAAAAUGAAAACCAGUAGAAAAUGAAUGCAUGCUUGGGUGGGAAGUUUAUUUUGACCUUAUAAUAGCAAUAUUUAGCAUAUUACUAGUUAGAUUAUAACAUCAAUAACGACAAUAAUAAUAAUAAUAAUAUUAUUAUUAUUAUUAUUAUUAAUGAUAAUAAUAAUAAUGAUGAAAUAAUAAUAAUAAUAAUAAUAAUAAUAAUAAUAAUAAUAAUAAUAAUAAUAAAUAAAAUAUCACAUCUAAUGAGAAGUGAACUUCAAAAACUAAGUUACUAGAACAGAAUAAUAUUGUAAAUAUCUAAUGUUAUAGUUUUUUCUACGUGUCGUGUCGCGUUUUAUACAAACAUUUGUACAAUGAAAAUAUUUGUUUAAAUUACAUUUUACACUUUCCUAAAUCUGAUGUCGCAGACUUUUAGAGUAAUCAAUUUGGAGUUCACGAUGACAUUAAACUAUAUGUUAGUGACUAGUACAAAGCUACACGUAAGUUUAACACUGAUCGCACCAAAAUAUUGGUGAGUCAGAUGUAACUAAUGUGUGUAUUUAAGAUAACUUGGCGACAGUUUGUUUGGUCGUCAGAAAUGUUCAAAUUGACAAUUUAUAGUAUGCUCCGUCUCUAUCCUCUAUGGCCUGGCUGGUUUAAUGGUUAAGCCGCCGGACUUAAGGCUGGUAGGUACUAGGUUCGCCUCCCGUUACCGGCUCCCUGAAUUUUGAAAUUGACCAUUUAUAAGUAAUCCCCAGCUCUAUCUUCUAUGGCCUGGGUGGUGUAGUGGUUGGGCCACAUGGCAUAAGGCUGGUAGGUACUGGGUUCGCAGCCCGGUACCGGCUCCCACCCAGAGAGAGUUUUAACGACUCAAUAGGUAGGUGUAAGACCACUACACCCUCUUCUCUCUCACUAACCACUAACAACUAACCACCAACCCACUGUCCUAGACAGACUGUUCAUAUAGCUGAGGUGUGUGCCCAGCACGACAUGCUUGAACCUUAAUAGGACAUAAGCAGGUGAAUGACUAUAAAUAUCCUCAAGAACCAAACGACCGGUGCUUAUAUUAUAUAUUAUAUGAUUAGGAUAGUAACUGUUUAAGGAUACAUGUUUGUCUUAAGCUAGCCACCCAUCCAUACGUGAUACGUAAUACGUGGUCCGUGAUCCGUGAUCCGUGAUUCGCAUAUGUGUAUGUGUCCGUGAGAAAUCGUUACAUAGGGAAGACGUUGCGAAUCAUCCAUUGAUCCACCCUGUGUCCGUGAGAAAUCGCUACAUAGGGAAGACGUUGCGAAUCAUCUAUUGAUCCGCCCUGUGUCCGUGAGAAAUCGCUACAUAGGGAAGACGUUGUGAAGCAUCCAUUGGUCCACCCUGUGUCCGUGAUAAAUCGCUACAUAGGGAAGACGUUGCGAAGCAUCCAUUGAUGCACUCCGUGUCCGUGAGAAAUCGCUACAUCGGGAAGACGUUGCGAAGCAUCCAUUGAUGCACUCCGUGUCUGUGAAAAAUCGCUACAUAGGGAAGACGUUGCGAAGCAUCCAUUUAUCCGCUUCGUUACCAUGAUGGUGUCCGCGUCCGCGAGGAAUCCCUCUGUGAGUGAUUUAUCACUAACACAGAUGCGUUAUUUUGAGGCUUGGCAUCACCUCGAUCACAUCAAUGACAAUGGGAAUUAUUUUUUCAUAUUUAGAGUGUUUCCACAUAUUUCAAUACGUAUUUAUGGAUGUACAAUUCAUACAUACACGGAUGCGGAUGCGGAUGCGGACACGGCCCACAGAUCACGUAUGAAUGGAUGACCAGCUUUAGUUUUUAUUCGACAAUAGUUGCUAGGUAAUUUAGUUCACAUAACCAAGUAUUCGUUUAUGAAACACGUGUACUUGUAUCCACUUGGGUUUUUAAAAAUUAUUAUUAUUACUUAGCUUUAGUCUAAAAUAUAUGUCACGUUUCUUUAUAUCGAAUUAAAAUGUCAUGUUUCUAUACAUCAGUUAUAAUGUGUCAGCAUAAUUCCAUUUAAUGUAUCGUGUAUGUCACUCAGGUGUGUAUCACUGUUACCAUGACUACGUAUUUUAAAUAUAGGUGCAGUUCUUUUCUGUUAUAUGUGCGACUGAAACGGACACUAGCGUGAAUUAAUCUAGAUAUCACCAUGUGCCGAUACAGGCAUUCUACAGCACUGUAUUCAGCUAACUGUUAUUGAAAACUAACACACGCGUUUACAACACUUUAUCUAGAUCAUUUUUAUUCAAAACUAGCACACUGUUCAACAACGCUAAAUCUAGCUAAUCGUUAUUCACAACUGACACACGCUUUUACAAGACUUUCUGUAGAUAAUUGUUAUUCAAAACUAACACCUGGUUCCAUAACGCUUUAUCCAGCUAACUGUUAUUCAAAACUAACACACGUUUUUACACUUUCUCUAGACAACUGUUAUUCAAAACUAACACACGUUUUUACACUUUCUCUAGACAACUGUUAUUCAAAACUAACACACGUUUUUACACUUACUCUAGACAACUGUUAUUCAAAACUAACACACGUUUUUACACUUUCUCUAGAUAACUAUUAUUCAAAACUAACACACGUUUUUACACUUUCUCUAGGUAACUAUUAUUCAAAACUAACACGCGCUUUUACAACAAUGUAUCUCGUUAAUUGUUUUUCAAAACUUAUACACGUUGUGACAACACUUGAUAUAGUCAGUCGUUAUUCGAAGCUAAUACACUUCUUUUCAUCACUUUCUUUAGAUAAUUAUUAUUCAAAAUUAACAUGUAUUUACAUCAACAUAUCUAGGUAAUUGUUAUUCAAACCAAACACGCGCUUUUAGAACACUGUAUCUAGCUAAUGGGAAUGACUGUGUUUACCAUUUUAAUGAUAGCUAACAGUACUGCAUUUUGUUCCAUGUAAGAAAAAACAAAUAGUCCUUUAAACCGACUCAGGCUUUUUUCAUCGUUUGUGAUCACCAUACAAAGUAAUGGUUUGUUUUGUUUAACUUCACCACUAGAGCACAUUGAUUAAUUAAUCAUCGGCUGUUGGAUGUCAAACAUGUGGUAAUUAUGACUCGUAGUCAACAGAGGAAACCCGCUACAUUUUCCCUAAUGCAGCAAGGGAUCUUUUAUAUGCACUGUCCCACAGACAGGAAAGCACAUACACCGCUUUUUGGAGGACUGCCAUUCCCAAGACUACUUGCACAGGAUAGAGAUGAAUGUAAUAUAUACAGGUAUGAGCGUUUAUAAGUGGUUCUCGUUUACAUACUUAUUUUUGAUUAUAUAGAUCACAGUGUUAUCGCUACUUGCGAAAAGGUGUAUAGAUUUGUUUUAAAUACUCUUUCAACCAAUUUAUACGUGUAUAUAUAUAUAUAUAUAUAUAUAUAUAUAUAUAUAUAUAUAUAUAUAUAUAUAUAUUCUUUUCUUUUCUUUAUUUCCUAGUCUUGGAGUGCUAUUACUAUAUCUAUUCUGUAUUUUAGCAUUGUUUUUGCUAUCUCUUAAGCUACACUAGUUAGGGUGGCUACACUUUUGUUAACAUUGUUCAUCUUAUUUGUCCUUUGUCAUGGUAAUACUUUAUAUAAACAGUGUUUAAUAAAAGUAUUAUUUUAAA